AUGAGAGUUGUGUCUGGUAUCCUCAUUCGAUGCACUUCCGAAAUGAACACCAUUACAAGCGCAGAUGAUCUCAGGAGAUUUGCGGGUCAUAUUCAUUCUGCAAUGACAACGUACAAAGACUUUGUUGUACUAGACAAGGUCGUGAAGGCGUUGUCUGGACUCUACCUCCAUCACCAAUGUCGCAGUGCGAGGGGGAGCCACUGCCCAGAAGAACAUGGAGAAUUAUCUCUGGAGGGAUCAUCAGAAAGGCCCUCCAGUAAGGACUUCAAAGGAUGCUAG